CUGUGCGUGGCUCUCGCGCUUUUAAGAGGUGUGUGUGUGUGUUGCUAAUUCUGAAACGUCUCAUAUCACAAAGAUGUAUCGUCCUAAACCGACUCUGAAAGACAGACAGCACUUGUAUAACCUGAUCAUCAGCCAGCUGCUUUAUGACGGUUACACCAACAUCGCCAACAGCCUCAUAAGCGAAGUGAAGCCGCCGAGUGUGGUGUCUCCAUCUGAGCAGCUUAUGCAGCUCGCCAAGAUCGGAAUGGAGAAUGAUGACAGCGCAGUGCAGUAUGCUAUCGGACGCUCAGACACGGUGGCUCCCGGUGUGGGCAUCGACCUGGAGUUCGAUGCUGACGUGCAGACCAUGUCUCCGGAGGCCUCGGAGUACGAGACGUGUUAUGUGACCUCACACAAAGGGCCGUGUCGCGUGGCCACGUACAGCCGAGACGGACAGCUCAUUGCCACCGGCUCUGCAGACGCCUCCAUUAAAAUCCUGGACACAGAACGUAUGCUGGCCAAGAGCGCAAUGCCCCUGGAGGUGAUGAUGAACGAGACAGCACAGCAGAACAUGGAGAAUCACCCGGUUAUCCGAACCCUGUAUGACCAUGUUGAUGAGGUCACAUGCCUGGCCUUCCACCCCACCGAGCAGAUCCUGGCCUCGGGAUCCCGCGAUUACACACUCAAACUGUUUGACUACUCCAAGCCCUCAGCAAAAAGAGCUUUCAAACACAUCCAGGAAGCAGAAAUGCUGCGCUCCAUCUCCUUCCACCCAUCAGGAGAUUACUUGCUGGUGGGCACACAGCAUCCAACACUGCGCCUUUACGACGUCAAUACAUUCCAGUGUUUUGUGUCUUGCAACCCUCUGGAUCAGCACACGGAUGCCAUCUGCAGCGUGAGCUACAACCCAGGAGCCAACACCUAUGUCACGUGCAGCAAGGACGGCAGCAUCAAGCUGUGGGACGGCGUCUCCAACCGAUGCGUGUCCACAUUCGAUAAGGCACAUGAUGGGGCUGAGGUCUGCUCGGCAGUCUUCUCCAAAAACUCAAAGUACAUUCUUUCCAGUGGCAAGGACUCUGUGGCCAAGCUGUGGGAGAUCUCCACUGGUCGCACACUGGUCAAAUACACCGGAGCAGGACUGAGUGGCCGUCAGACACACCGCACGCAGGGUGUCUUUAACCACACUGAGGACUAUGUGCUGUUGCCAGAUGAGCGAACGGUCAGUCUGUGCUGUUGGGACUCGCGCACAGCCGAGCGGAAGAACCUGCUCUCACUCGGCCAUAAUAAUAUUGUGCGUUGCAUCGUGCACUCUCCCACUAACCCGGGCUUCAUGACGUGCAGCGAUGACUUCCGCGCGCGCUUCUGGUACCGCCGGACCACCACCGACUGAGCCGCCGUCGGGCUGCACAUGAGUUUCAGGUCUAUGUGUAAAAAAUGCUUAGAUGUACUGUAAGUGGUUGAGCAGAUAAUGUGGUCUCAGAGGUAUCAGAACUGUAGUUGUUGUGUCUGAACUGCACCUCUAGAGAGCGCUAUUGUUCUCCGAGGAACUUGCAGCGGAACUCUUGCAUUUUUAAGCUGUCCGUGUCCGAUAUCUGAGCUUUAAUGAAGUUGUUUCCUGUGUGAUAUGACAUGAGUUCUUUGUGAGGGACGAGUGAAUUUGUUACUUUUUCAGUUCGUUUGAUACAUUUGAUUUUUUUUUUUUUUUAAUAAAAGAAAAAUUGUGUCCAUUGUAAAUCAAACCUCUAGUGAAGCAAAUCAAUCAAAAGGGGAUUAAAGAAUUUUGCAAACAUAAAACUAUAUAAUAUCAGUAACGCGUUCAUCCAAACCAAUAUACGGUAAUUUUAGUGGAAAUGCAGUGGUGCUUGAAAAUUUGUUUGUUAUAGAAUUUUCUAAAUUUCUUCUUGAUGUGAAAAUCUGAUGAUGUUUUAGGUCGUAAGUCCUAAAAGUAUACGAAGAGAACCAUAUUAAGCAAAUGAGAUGAAUAUUAUACUUGGUUAUUAAUGUAUUUAUUGAGGAAAAUGAUCCAGUAUUGCAUAUCUGUGAGUGGCAAAAGUAUGUGAACCUUUGCUUUCAGUAUCCGGUGUGACCCCCUUGUGCAGCAAUAACUGCAACUAAACGUUUGAGGUAACUGUUGAUCAGUUCUGCACGUCAUCUAUGAGCAAUUUUAGCCCGUUCCUCAAUAUGGAACAGCUUUGACUCUGGGAUGUUGGCGUGUUUCCUCACAUGAACUGCUUGCUUCAGGUUCUUCCACAACAUUUCUAUUGGAUUAAGAUCAGGACUUUGACUCGGUCAUUCCAAAACAUUCACUUUAUUCUUCUUUAACCGUUCUCUGUAGAAUGACUCGUGUGUUUAGGGUUAUUGUCUUACUGCAUGACCCACUUUCUCUUGAGAUUCAGAUCAUUGACAGAUGUCCUGACAUUUUCCUUUAGAAUUCGCUGGUAUAAUUCAGAAUUCAUUGUUCCAUCAAUGAUGGAAAGCCUUCCUGGCACAGAUACAGCAAAACAUGAUACUGCCACCACCAUGU